AUGAUGUACAACGCGACUUCGGGGAGAAGGGACCGGCUGCCUAGGACCUUUGAGCGCCUCGCCCCCAUCAAUUUAAAUCUACAAGAACCAUUGUCGACCAGGGCUACACACCAUCUACCCGCAGGAACCACCCUCAACCCACAAUUCGAGAGCAACGCCCCCCCUCUCUCUCACCAUGGCCAUGCGCACCUCACAGCAGCUGCGCAGCCUGCCAUCCCGGCUCCUCCAAACCGCCAGCAACCCCCGCCACUGCAUUCGCAGCCUUCACAGCAAGAGCACACCCGUUGUGCCGCCUCCAACUCCCUUCGUCCCGGACGUCCCAACCUUCCUCACCCUGAUCGGCCGCCAAAUGUCCAAGCACGCGAGCAAGAUCACCUCAUGGGACCAACUCUUCAAAGCCUCCUCGCCGAGCUACAGGAGCUCGGCAUCGAGCCUGCCCGCCAACGGCGCUACCUCAUCCGCAAGCGCGAGAAGUUCCGCAACGGCAUCUACGGGCCCGGCGGUGACCUAGAAACGGUCGUGGACGGGGUCGCGCAGCUGCGGGUCGUCGAAGUUCCGCGUGAGGCUCUGCCUUCGGCCACAAGUGCCGAGGCCGUGGCGGGUGACAGUGAGAGCGCGAUUGCUCAAUCUAAGCCUCUUGCUUCUGCGGCCGUGACGCCUGGUAUGAAGAGGGCAAUCGUGAACCUGCUACCCGGCGUUACGGAGUAUAAGCACGAACCCAACACGGUGCUGAAGAAGUUUCUGGGAAUGAAAAUCCACCGAGGAUCGCAGAUUAAGGGUCCUUAUCUGUUGCCUGUGCGGGGGAGUCAUGGUCGUGCGGCGACGAUCUCUGUCCAGGAGGGUAUGUGGGAAGACAAGCGGGGACACAAGAUUGAUGGUGGUGAACGCCGACAGAGAGAGGUUCGGGCGAAGAAGGAGCUUGAGGAGAGGAGGAAGCGGGCAUAG